AUGCCACAGAAACUGACCGUCGCUGUGGCGCAAGCUCGGAGCCUGUCGGAUCUGCCAUCCACUCUUGCUGCAUUGAAGCGUAUCACAAUCCAGAGUGCCGCUCGAGGUGUUCAGCUCAUACUAUUCCCCGAAGCCUAUCUAGGUGGCUACCCGCGCACCUGUGACUUUGGCGCCGCAGUUGGCGCGCGCGGGGCUCAUGGCCGCGAGCAGUUCCUGCGAUACUUCCAGUCAGCUGUGGAUCUCGGUGAUACCCCAGCUGGGGCCGAUGAUGACUGGGUAGAGCGCAAACUUCCUACAGCGCCAGGAAAGAACUACCGGGGAGAUGGAACGCGAGAGUUUCUGGAACAGCUAGCUCAAGAGACUGGCGUCUUUAUUGCCACUGGAGUAAUUGAAAAGGCCGGUGGCACUUUGUAUUGCUCGAUGGUGUUUGUGGACCCAUCACGAGGUAUUCUUGGAAAGAGAAGAAAGGUCAUGCCAACAGCCUCCGAGCGACUAAUCUGGGGUCAAGGGUCAGCAUCGAGCCUGAAAGCAAUCACAACUGAGAUCAAUGGUGUUAAACUCACUAUUGGUGGAGCCAUUUGCUGGGAGAAUUUCAUGCCCCUUCUCAGGCAGAGUUUGUAUUCGCAAAAUGUGAACCUUUAUCUCGCGCCCACCGCCGAUAGUCGUGAUACCUGGCUCCCACUCAUGCGAACAAUUGGUGGCGAAGGACGCACCUUCGUACUUUCUUCAAACCAGUGUGUCCGCUAUAACGAGUUGCCAACUUGGAUUACCGAAAAUGCGUCGCUUGAAGAUAAAUCUGCUGAUGCAAACCGCUAUAUCUCCCGGGGUGGAUCUUGCAUAGUCGGUCCUCUUGGGGAGGUACUGGGCGGCCCGAUAUGGGAAGUUUGCCCCGACGAUAGCCCUGAUGUGAAUGCCAGCAACUCCGAUGCUGCGGAUGGGUUGGUUAUCUCAGAGAUUGACCUGGAAGAUUGCGAACGUGGUAGACUUGACUUGGACGUUGCAGGUAGCUACUCCCGAAACGACGCAUUUAAGCUGACCGUGGAGGGGCUCGACUUGAACCCCCCACCUUUCUAG